AUGCAGGCAGCAAGUUGUGGAGUUGGUAGUAAAGCCCUGGCUCCUUGGUUGUGCAGUGUAUUAAUGCAUACACUAAUAUCUCGAGGUACAGAUUUGAUGACUGUGUGUAAAACCUCAGAAAUACGUAUCCUAAUGGCCCAAACCUUGGCAAGUAAAAUAUUGCAGAUGUAUUAUAUUUUGGGACUCCGCAGAAGGCUCCCGUGCCAGGGCUGGAUUCUUACGGCUCAGCGGGCACCGGGGCUGGGAGGAGGAGGAGGAGGAGGAGGAGAACGAGGAGGAAGAGGAGGAGGAGAAGGAGGAAGAGGAGGCGCCUGGGGGGCGGCCCCGUCAGCGCGGCGGCAUGGCCGGCCUCAUCAACUUCGAGGACGAGGAGGAGGCUGCCAGCGGCUCGCCGACUACCUGGACGCCGUGAGGAAGGACUUCCAGGCGGCGGCGCGAGUGCUGCGCGACAACUGCGAGGCUCACGGGCACGGCGAGAGCUGCUACAAGCUGGGGGCCUACCAGGCCAUCGGCAAAGGUGGACUCGACCCCGAUUUGAAAGCUGCCUACAACUCCUUUUUGAAGUCAUGUGAGAAAGGUGGGAAGAAGUCAGUAAAUGCCUGUCAUAACGUUGGGCUGUUGGCCCACGAUGGGAGGGUGAAUGAUGAUAAACCUGACCCAGUUGUUGCUAGAGACUAUUACACAAAGGCCUGUGAUGGCAAUUUUGCUCCUAGCUGCUUCAACCUCAGUGUAAUAUAUCUCCAAGGAGCGCCUGGGAUCCCUAAGGACAUGAGCCGUGCUUUGAAGUACUCGCUGAAAGGGUGUGAGCUGGGUCACAUAUGGGCCUGUGCCAAUGCCAGCCGAAUGUACAAACUGGGAGAUGGCAUUGAGAAGAAUGAUGCCAAGGCAGAGGAUUUGAAAAACAGAGCAAAACAGUUGCAUAAAGAACAGAAAGAAGCUUCAAGUUCUUUAACAUUUGGGGAGUAAAACUGUCAGUUGCAGUUACCAAGAAUGCAGUUUUAAAUGGCAAGUUAAUUUGUUAUUUAAAUCAUAUGAGCAUAUGGUUUUCACUCAAUAAAUGUCCUGUAAGUAUUUGCAUAUGCAAAUAAGUUUAUAUUUUUCUGGAUGCAAUAAAUGUGACUAACUCUG